UCGCUGGCCAUGGUGCGGCGAGGGCUCCGGCGAGUCGGACCAAGAAGUCCUCAUCAGCCGAGCAGACCAGCAGACAAACUACAGGAACUGACGUCUCCGGUGCAAGUGGAUGGAAAAAAAUGCAGCUGCGGCACAAAAAUGGCUCCAAACACUGCCGCGAUGAAAGGUGUGUGAGGCUUUGCUCUGCUGUACUGAUAUAAAAGCCGUCACGCUCAUGGCACCUCCCAGUUGACACAAUGGCCCAGAUAUCAAGUGGUAAUGGCUUUAAGCUGGAUAUCCCCCAGCCAAAGGGGGUCGUGGGUAAAGAGGAAGCCCUGCGCAUGGAGGAGGAGGCAUUAGCAAAGCUGCAGCGGGAGAAGAGACACACUUUUUCAUCUUCCCCCAAGUCAAACCUGUCUAAGUCCAGCACCGUUACUACUACUGCUGCUCCUCAUCCCUCACCCUUCACCACAAGACCAGAAAAGGACCUCAUUGUCUUUCCCGAGACCAAAAAGCAGCCAGAGCCCAACAAGUUCAGGGAUAUAGACGUCGACAAGCUGACCAAUGAGGAGCUGGAAAAGCUUCUCCUGGAUGAGAAUUUUGGAGCCAACAGCAACGUGUCCCGCCCAUCAUCGCUGUUGAACUUCAACCUCAGCGCCUCCUAUCCUGGCGGCCAUUCCUGUAGCUCCUCCCCUUUCCAGAGCACCCAGUGGACACCUAUCCUGUCCACCCCGACAAGCUCCAGCGUGUCCACUCCCAGCCAUCAGCCCGCUCCGCUGUUCCCCACCGCACCGUUCCCCAAGCCAGGCACAUUUCAGAAUGGCUACACUCCAGCCAUUUCGCCAUACAUGGCACUGCCAGCUCAACAAACAUCUUUCUUGGCCUUCACUCCCAUCCAGCCUGCUGCUGCCACCACCACCAUGGUGUUCCCCCCGCCGCCCGCCGUGGAUCCCGAGAUGGCCAAGCUCUUUGAUAAGAUUGCCAGCACAUCGGAAUACUUGAAGAAUGGCAAAUCGGCCUGCACUGACCUAGAUUCCGCUCCGGCCUGCUCUGCGUCUCUGGCACCUGACCCAGCAGCUCAGCAGCCAGCAGCGAAGGAAUCCACUUCCAUCAGCCGCUUCGACUGGCUGGAUCUGGACCCACUCACAAAGCGCAAAGCCGAGAACGACGAAGUGAGUGCCUCUCCGGGGGAUGGACUGCCGGCCGCGCGGGGGCCCCCUGCGGGGGAUCCUUGGGACGCAGUGCUGGAAACUGAAGACAAAAGUAGCAGCAGCCCCCCGCUUGAGGGGAAGGCAACCGGCUCAGUUCGCUCGCAGCACAGGAGGGCGUCGACGGGCGCCGCUGUCACGAGGAGUCACUCCCUCAACAUCCCAGGAAGCUCCUCGCAGCACAAAGCAAACUGUCAGGACAAGGGGAAAGGAAAAUGUCUGGUCAGGAAUGCCGCCCUGGAAGAAGAAGACGCUCAGAACCUGGAAGUGGUUGCCUUCUGCAAAGACGUAGCAAGCCUGCGCUCCAAAUUCCCUCAUGGCGACAUGGCCACCAACCCUGGUUAUGUCCUCAGUCCUGUCAUCCCCCAGAGGGAUCCUGGAGGGGACACCAGCUCCGUGAAGGUGUCCAUUGAAAUCUCUGACUCUCAGCAGCCUGUAACCUUCACCUGUGACGUGAAUUCUCCAGUGGAGCUCCUCAUCAGUCAAACUCUCUGCUGGGUCCACGAUGACCUCAACCAGGUGGACUUCUCCAGCUAUCUGCUUAAAGUCUGCGGCCGGGAGGAAGUGCUGCAGAAUAAACACAGCCUGGGCAGCCAUGAGUACGUCCAGAACUGCAGGAAGUGGGAGAAUGAGAUCACGUUACAGCUUCUCUCUCACUCCACCAUGAGACAGGACUUGGCUCGCACUGUGGAUGAUGACAACGCCACCAUAAAUUUGGAGAAGCACCUGAGCUAUGUGGAGCGGCCCUUUAAGGAGACUGCCACCAGACAAGGGCUGACUGACUACUUGGAAGGCUAUCACAACCAAGUCAGCAUCUGCCUACAAAAUGAGAGUACCCAGUACAAGACUGUGGACCGCGUGGUACAGACGGUGAAGAACUUUUGCUGUGCUCUGGAUGAAGUGGAGACUCCGGCCGUGACUGAGGCUGUCAAAAGGUUGCGACACUCUGUCAACUUACCGAGGACGCGCUCGCCCAAGAUGGGGUCCCCAUCGUCUGGACAGCCAUCAAAUGGUCAGGGCAGUCCCGUGGAUGAGAGCAUGGCGCUGCUAACUCAAGCCGUCUACGACUUGGCCAAGCUCUACCUGCGCUCCUUCUGUGCCCCCUCCACUUCCUUUAGCUUGACCUUGCUUAACAGCAAAACAGCUGAGCGGCGGAGCAGCAAAGAAGCUUCUGGAACCACAGACCACCUUCAGUUCACCCUCUUCGCCUUGCAUGGCAUCCCGGCCAAUUGGGUCAACAGUUAUGAGAAAUACUUCUUGGUGUGUUCCCUCACCCACAAUGGCAAGAACCUCUUUAAGCCGGUCCAGUCCAAGAGAGUGGGUACAUACAAGAGCUACUUCUACCACAUCAAAUGGGAUGAGCUCAUCAACUUCCCGAUCGCAGUAGCGGUGCUCCCACUGGAGUCCAUCCUGAGCCUGACUCUGUACGCUGUGCUCAACCAGAACGCUGGAGGCUCUCCAGACUCCAACAAACAGAGAAAGGCCCCAGAGAUGCUGGGAAAAGUGUCAAUGCCACUCUUUGACUUCAGACGGGUUCUCGCCAGGGGCACCAGGCUGUUGUGUUUGUGGACAUCUACCCAGGGUGCUGCCGCUGCUGCUGGCUCCACAGGCAGCCGCAAGAAGAUUCCUGUAGAGAGAAUCGUGCUGCAGGUGGAUUUUCCAAAGUCGAUGCUGGAUGUUUUGUAUGUGGGACCUCAGGAAGCUCCCAGCCCAGAGCCCAACACACUCGAGGAGCUGGACCCAGACCUAAGACGCAAACUGGAGAAAAUCUGCAGCCGUGCAUCCAAUUUUGGGCUUAAACGGGCAGACCACCAGCUCCUCUGGGACCAUCACCUUCACUGUCGAAGGGAUCACCCCAGCAGCCUUCCCAAGGUGCUGGCCAGUGCACCCAGCUGGGACUGGGCCAGCAUGGCUCACAUCCACGCCCUGCUACACCACUGGCCCCCGCUGCCCACCGUCACCGCACUGGAGCUGCUCGACUCCAAGUUUGCUGAUACUGAGGUGAGGCGGGUGGCUGUCAGCUGGAUUGAGAAUAGCAGCGAUGAUGAGCUGGCUGACUAUCUGCCACAGCUGGUGCAGGCUUUAAAGUUUGAGUGUCACCUCAAGAGCGCCCUGGUCUUGCUCCUGCUCUCCCGAGCGCUCGGCAACAUCAACAUCGCUCACUACCUCUACUGGCUGCUCAAAGACGCCGUGCAGGAUGCCGUGUCGGGGCGGCGAUACGAGCGCGUGCUGGGCGCCCUGUUGUGCCUGUGCGGGGCCAAACUGAGGGCCGAGCUGGAGAAACAAACUCAGCUGGUCACACUGCUCGGGGCCGUGGCCGAAAGGGUGAGACAGGCUGGAGGGUCCACGAGACAGGUGGCUCUUCAAGAAGGCCUUGAAAGUGUUCAGAACUUUUUCCAGAAGAAUAGCUGUCGACUGCCCCUAUUCCCCAGUUUGGUGGCCAAAGAGCUGAACAUGAAGGCCUGCUCCUUCUUCAACUCCAACGCUGUUCCUCUCAAACUUGCUCUGGUCAAUGCUGAACCACUGGGAGAGGAGAUCAAUGUUAUGUUCAAGGUGGGAGAAGAUCUGAGGCAGGACAUGUUGGCUCUGCAGAUGAUCCGCAUCAUGGACCGCAUCUGGCUGCAAGAGGGGCUGGACCUUCGCAUUGUUAACUUCAAAUGCAUCUCCACGGGCAAGGACAAAGGCAUGGUGGAGCUGGUGCCGUCCUCCGACACCCUGAGGAAGAUCCAGGUGGAGUACGGCGUCACCGGCUCCUUCAAAGACAAACCACUGGCUGAGUGGCUCCGCAAGUACAACCCUGCUGAGGACGAGUACGAGAAGGCAUCCGAGAACUUCAUCUACUCGUGUGCGGGCUGCUGUGUGGCGACUUAUGUGCUGGGCAUCUGCGACCGCCACAACGACAACAUCAUGCUGCGCUCCACGGGACACAUGUUCCACAUUGACUUUGGCAAGUUUUUGGGCCACGCCCAGAUGUUUGGCAGCUUCAAAAGGGACCGGGCGCCGUUUGUGCUGACCUCCGACAUGGCGUACGUCAUUAACGGCGGCGAGCGUCCAACCAGUCGCUUUCAACUGUUUGUCGACUUGUGCUGCCAGGCCUACAACCUUAUUCGCAAACACUCUGGACUGUUCCUCAACCUGCUGUCACUGAUGAUGUCGUCAGGCCUUCCAGAGCUGACUGGCUCUCAGGAUUUGAAGUAUGUUUAUGACGCUCUGCAGCCCCACAACUCCGACGCGGAGGCCACCAUCUUCUUCACCAGGCUUAUAGAGUCCAGUCUGGGCAGCGUGGCCACCAAGUUCAACUUCUUCAUCCACAACCUGGCUCAGCUUCGCUUCUCAGGUCUGCCAGCCAACGAUGAGCCCAUUCUGUCCUUCUCGCCCAAGACGUACACCAUGAAGCAGGAGGGCCGCAUCGUCCACGCAUCCAUCUUCUCCUUUCAGAAGAGAUACAGCCCUGACAAGCACUAUACAUACGUGGUGAGGCUGCUCAGGGACGGCCAGAAUGAGCCACAGUUUGUUUUCCGCACUUUUGAUGAGUUUCAGGAGCUUCACAACAAACUGACUAUCCUGUUCCCCCUAUGGAAGCUGCCCAGUUUCCCAAAUAAAAUGGUGCUGGGUCGCACCCACAUCAAGGAGGUGGCCGCCAAGAGGAAACUGGAGCUGAGCAACUACAUCCACAACCUGAUGAGGAGCUCCUCUGAGGUCACUCAGUGUGACCUGAUCUACACCUUCUUCCAUCCAGUGGCGCGGGAUGACAAGACAGAAGGCUUGGAGGCAGCCCCAAAAGCUCCUGAGCCCCCGCUGAGUCCCACGUCAGGCCGUGUAGAAGGCGAGGUCAAACUGUCCAUCUCGUACAGGAACAGCACGCUCUUCAUCAUGGUCAUGCACAUCAGAGACCUGGUGUCUGAAGAAGGAACGGAUCCCAACCCGUACGUGAAAACGUACCUGCUCCCGGAUCCACACAAGUCCUCCAAACGGAAGACCAAGAUCUCCAGGAAGACCAGGAACCCAACUUUCAACGAGAUGCUGGUGUAUAGCGGCUACAGCAAGGAGACGCUGGGCCUUCGCGAGCUGCAGCUCAGCGUGCUCAGCGCUGAGUCCCUGCGUGAGAACUACUUCCUGGGCGGCAUCACACUGCGCCUCAAAGACUUUGACCUCGGCAAGGAGACGGUCAAGUGGUACAAGCUGACCACCGUGCCCUACUUCUAAACGAUUUUAGAGAUGACGCCUACCUGAAGUCAUCAAAAAAAGACCGGGAACGGGCUCUUCUUUCACUCAUGCAGAUUGUUUCUGUGACAAACAAUCCAAUCUCCUCCUAAAGGUUAACAAAGAAGCUGUAAUGUUUUGUACAUUUUGAUAUUAGAGGACCAAAACUGCUCACUUACAGAAGAGUAAAUAUACAGUAAAUAAAUAUAUAUAGAGAGAUAGAUAAGACAUGUUUAUUUUUUAAGAACUAGAACAAAUGGUGGUUACAUUUUUUUUUACAUUUUCCUUGUUUACUUUCAGUUUGCUGCUUUUACUGCAGACACUUCUGGGUCGUUGUAGGACACAUCAGAUUCCAGUCAGCAACUAAAGGAUUCCCUCACAAAUGUGCCAAACGUGGUGAUUAUUUGUGUGGCAAAACCAACCUGCCUUACUGCCUCACAAUAGCCCCUUUCCCACCACCCUUUCCAGGAACUCUUAUUACCAUGAGUUUAUUUACUGGGUAAAAUAAUUCCUGGUAAUUUGUGUGGUUUGCAUAUGCACCACACCUGAAAGUUGCGGACAAUUUGGUAUUUGGAAAUCAGGCCCCUCAAAAGUGCCGGGAAUUCUGAAAAGACCCACCCCUCGACUAGGUACUUUUCCAGUGAAUGUUUGAGAUUGGAGAAAAGUUGUGGGUUUUUUUUGUUUUGUUUUUUUAAUCUGGGUAAAUUUGGUGGAAAGGCGACAAGGUAAAUGAGAAAAGGGGUUAAUCUUUUUUAACUUGGCCUUACUGCUAGAGAUAUUUUAUUAACAAUGUCACAAGAGAAAUAUAUAUAUAUAUAAGUCCCUAUGUUGUAACUACUUGCACACUACCAGGUAUUAAAAGCCCGACAGCACACUGGGAGGGGGAUUGUCUGCUGAAGAAAUCGCAUCUUUUCCAGCAAUGGCAGAAAUAGCGCUCGCUUAAAGUGCCUUCUGCUUCACGAUGAAUUUUCCGGGUGUCACAGAUCAGCACUUUUAGCAAAAAACACUUUCACACACAAAAAGGGAACAAGAUGAGCUUCUCUCCUCGCCGCUAACUCACAAAGUUGUUAAUAAAGUGUGUUCUGCACACAUCUACAAGACAAUGGUGAUUUAUGCAAAAGUGACACUCACUUUGAUGUUGCUCCACUCUUUUUGUGUGAGAGUUUGUAUUAACACGGCCAGUUAUUUAUUCUUAAUUGGUGACCAGUAACUCCAACGGAUCAGUGUGUGUACUGUAAUCCUUCUUUCCUAAAGCAAAUUAAAUGUUUUUGGAACAAA